AUGGACAAUAUAGACAUUAGUCAUCUUCCUCACAGUACACUGAAAGAUAUCGGCAACGGAAUGUUCGCCGCCGCUCGGUAUCGUGAGGCCGCUCAGUACUACACCGAAGCCAUACUAAAACAACCCGAUAUCUCGUCCUACUACUCUAAUCGAGCCUUAUGUUAUGUACAAAUGCAGGACUAUGCAAAAGCACUUCCAGAUUGUCGCCGUUCUAUCGAGUUGGACGAAAGCAAUUUGAAAGCGUACUUCUUCGCCGGCCAGGCACAUCUCGGAUUGGGUCAGUGGGAAGAGGCCCUGGCCAAAUUACUUCACGCACACAAUUUGGCCUUGGAGCAACAUAGAAAUUUCGGGGAUGAUAUUACUUCCGUGAUCCGGUUGGCCAAACGGAAACGUUUCGAGGCGGAAGACGAGAAGCGACGCCAAGAAGAGAUUGCACUACAGACUUACUUAAACAACCUGAUCUUGCAAGAUGCGGAACGCCAAAAGCAAGCACUUAUUCAGGCUACUCAAGGAGGCUCAACUUUGACACGCGGUUGCAUCCAGUCACCAGCAUGUCCCCAACUUGAUGUACAAGCACAGUUGGAAACAGAUCCGUUAUUGCCUGUCGUGUUGCCCGAUGAUCCCCUUCAUCCGGCCGACAAUCUUUCCUCCGUACCCUGUUCGGAAACUUUAUCCGUAACCCCAACCGCAACCGCAACGACUGCUGACGACGAUGUCGUAAGGGAGGGCGGUCUUACUGUGGUGGAUGAACGUCGUCAGAAACGCGAAGUGCCCGAAUACCUCUGCGGUCGUAUCAGUUUCGAGCUCAUGCUUGACCCGGUCAUUACCCCGAGCGGGAUCACGUAUGACAAACGUUCUAUCAUUGCACACUUGCGUAAAGUGGGCCACUUUGACCCGCUUACACGCCAACCAUUGACAGAAAAUCAGCUCAUACCAAAUCUGAGCAUGAAGGAAGUUGUACAUGCGUUCCUGGAAGAAAACCCCUGGGCGGAAAACUAUUGA